AUGACGCCCCAAGCCGUCGAUCAGUAUUGGCGCAAUCUCCAAAUCAAUGACGAUGGCACGAAAGUCCAAGUUGUGCAGUGGAUACAACGGAUCCACGACCGAGUGCAGCCUGCCUUCGUCAACGAGGGUGUCCCCGCCGACGAUUUGCUGAAGCGGUCCAAUGCCCCGAAGAUGCUCAGAAAGCCAAUGAGCGAUGGCUUCGAAAUGCUGCCAAUUCAAGUCCAACAGCAGCCGAAGGAGGGGGCCAUAUCCGGCCUCUAUGACCUUUAUCGUGCCCUUGGCUGUGCCUUUCCCGGGAAGUGGGGUUUGUCGGAAGCCAAACCGCGUCGCUCGCGAGCUGCGCGGGCGCAAGUACCAACACCAACAGCUCCAGCCGCAAUCAGUGCCACGGCCCCCGCAACCAACAAUGUCAACCCCGCUGAGCGAACCGAGGUCCUCGCGCCAGGCAGCGAGUUCCUCGCUGUCCCGGCGAGCUUUGUCAGGCAACUGCUCCAAGAGACCCUCGUCCGCCACGAGGGAUGGGUAGAGGCGAUGGAAGCGCACAUAGAGGCGCUGAGGGGCCGGGUGUCACAACUGGAGGACCAGAUCAGGCAGGCUGGCACCGUGCCCGAGCCCCCUUGGCAGCACCAGCCUGAGAAUCCAUACGAGACGCCCCAAUGGUGGCAAGGACCUUCCACCGAAGGAAACUGA